GUGGCCACCCCCAUUUUCCUUCGUGUCGUGCCCGAAAAACUUUCCGUGAGAGCCCGAGCGCGCGCGUGUGAGUUUUCCUUUCGUCUUUGCCAGCCUGCCAGGGAGAAAGGACACCUUUCCGCGUUUCAGUUUAUUUUCAGUUUCCGUCGGAUCUGGUCGCAAAAGGGCAGUGGCUCGUACGCGUACGGUUCCAAACUCCGGGUUCUGCCAGCUUCUCACCGAGGGUGUGCGCGCGGGGUUACGCUUUUGAAAAGGGAGGAAAAUUCUACUCACUUCUCACCAGUGGGUCGUGGCCUGCUGCUGUACUACGGUUUGGCGCGCGCUCGUCUUUGGUACGGCGAUUUCCCGCCGGUCGAUGAGCAACAGCCUACUACGCGAGUGCUUUGACCGAGUUUGGUGUUGCGGAGUGGACGGGGGGGAAUUUUCCUCCGUGUUUCGCGCGCUUGAAGCGCGCAAGGUGUGAGUUCAAGGUUAACUUCUUGGUGGGAAAAUUCGGAUGGGGGUGUCGCUGUUUGUGCAGCUGUUGAAGAAGCAGUAAAUUAGUGUGAAUUCCGCCGUCAAAAGUGUCGAAAAACCAAUAAAUUUCUAAUCAACCCGCUAUUGAUCAAGUUUUUUUUACGAGUGUGUGUCGGCGUUUUUCCGGCUGUCGCAAGAAGGUUCUGAAAAGCCGGUGUAGUUUGCGAGUGUCUAGACCAAGUUGGGGGUGGCGAUGGGCGGUCUUCCAUCGAUUCGUUGCACGUGAAGGCUCAACCACGUCGCGCGUAGUGAGUUGAAUUUUUAAUACAGAAUUACACCGAUGAAUAAUUAAACAGAUUUCCCUCGUCAUCGGCGUCGUUCGCCGUCAUAUUCGUUGUGUGUUUUGUGUGCACAGUGUCUGAAGAAGGUGGAAUAACGCUGCACUUUGGAUCAUUUGGCAACAACGUAGCCGAAAAGCAGCUGGCACGUUUACCUCCCGCUGACCCGCAAAUCCAAAACCGAAAAUAAAAUUUAACCCAUUUGGAGGGAAAGAGAGUGCAAACACGUUUCUCGGGCAGGCCGUAAAGACCUAAAAAUAGUGAAUUAUUAUUGGAGGAACGCAGGUUUGCUCCCGAUGAAAGCCAAUCCAUCUCGAGGAGCAACAGCAAAGGAAGAAAGUCGAAGCCAAGUGAGCAGCACCAACUCGACUCACCAGGGAGUUGAUUAAUUAGUGCUGAAUUAAUGAGUUUACCACCACACUGGCUGAGUGCGGGUGUGUAUGUGUGUGUGUGUGUGCCAUAAGGGUGGCGUAAACCAACCUAACAAGGUCAUCAAAUCGUAUCUUCGUGUGUAAACAGUGCGGAAAUUGCCUCUAAUAUAGUGAUAAAUCUAAGGUCAAGUGUUUGAUGUGGAAAGAAUCGUUAAGGAAAAAUUUUGCUAUCCAUUUCUAUACAUCACGUUUACAACAGCACCAUUAAUCACUUUGUGCACAAAAUAAAAAGUGUUUUGAAACAAGCCCAAUUUUGAGAAAAAUAAAUAUUGCAUCCAGUUAGUAAAAGCAAGUUUACUCGUCCAACCCUCACGAAUAUAUCAACAAAACAAAGAGUAGUAGUCAAAAUUAGAAAGUGUAGUGAACCCCUCCCCCCACCAAUAUCAUUAUCAACGACCAAAGUGAAAUCAGUCACACAAUCGAAUAUCGGAAGACCAACGGCGGCGCUAUUUUUAGCAACGACGACUCGUAGUGAAAGGAUAGCAGCCCGUUGAAAUCAACCAAAUUUAAGUCACACAACUGGCAGUGGUAUAAAGGAGCACCUGAACUCGUAGCAGUAGCAUCAGCAGCACAUCACAUCGUAUUAUCGUCAACUAUUUUUGGAGCACGCGCUUUAUUACACGUGAAAAGAUAACUGCAGCAAAAAAGUCAUGUCCCUCCAGAAUGACACCGACCCGACGGCCAGCAACUCCGGCUACGGCAGCUCCGACGAGACGGCCUCCCUGCUGAUGAUGUCCUCGUCGAUGAACCAGAGUGUCGGCAGCAACAGCAGCACGACGACAACCACGGGAUCAAGCAUCAUCUCGACGAUCAGCAAGUCACGGAUGAACUCGUUCAAUGGACCAACCAACUCGUCGGCGGGACAAGUAGCGAACCUGGUGCCCUCCGGCAGUGGCAACAGCAACCCGAUGGCGAUGAGUGCCAACAUCAGUAGUUCCAACAACAAGCCAAUUCUGAUCCGACAGGACAGAACCUCGACAUAUCUCGCAAGUCCGCAGCUGUCGGCGACGGGACUGGGCGGGUCGGAGGAAAGCGCCGCAGGAGGCGAAGACCACCAGGACCAGCACAAUGCCCGUUCCGUGCCGGACAUCGAAAUGCACUGCCGGCUGGAGGCCCCCUCGAUAGCGGUGUCCAACUCGUGCCACAGCGACGGCGGCGGCGUUGGAGGGGCAGGCCGAGUCGCAACAGGUGCUGGCAGUGCGGCCAGCAGCAACUACCAACUGGUGCCGUACAACAGAUGUCGCGCGUGUCGAAACUGUGACCGACGUGCCUCGACUACGCCGGUGUCCACGCUACAGCUGACGCGGUCCGUCUCGAAGGAAUCCGUUCGCAGCGCACUCCACAGUCGACUCCAGCAGGUUCAACACUCGACUAUUCCGCCGGUCCUCAUAACGUCUUCGCCCACGUCCGGCUCGCGAAUCAUCCGCCAGAGCUCCCAACCGGAGGCCAGUUCGCUGCACAUCUGCUGUGGCAGUCAGUGUGCGCAUGCCUGUGGGGCGAACCCGAGCUCCUCGCUGCGGCAGUUACGCGAACCAGGGGACGGAAUCGCCGGCAUUGCGGCCGACUCGCUGCGGAUCAACGGUGGGAUGCGCCAGUUCAAGCAGCUAGUGGCGCGCAGAAAGGAAAAGGAAAAUGAAAAGACUCUGUCGCAAAGUAGGAGAACUCGUCUGAGGAGGGCCUUCACCGAGGCUACGAAUGAGACCGUCAAUUACGCUAAAACGCUCCGAAAGCCCGUCUCCACACUGUCGAUUCCCGGAUCGAUGAAAACACCGUGCGCCGGAAACCGGGAAUCAGUAUCGGCUGCAUGCACAGAAGAAGCCGGUAUCGCGCUUGUGGGCGUACACUCAGAGUAUCCCAGGUACAUGGAGGAGCGAGGCCUGGGUGGCGGCGUCUGUAAAGGUCCCGGCACGAUCCAGGGUGGCCCCGGCACGAAGCAAAAACCGAAUGUCGGCUACCGGCUCGGGCGACGGAAAGCGCUGUUCGAGAAGCGGAAGCGCAUCAGUGAUUACGCCCUCGUCAUGGGCAUGUUCGGCAUUAUUGUGAUGGUGAUAGAGAACGAGCUGAGUAGCGCCGGUGUAUAUACUAAGGCAUCUUUUUAUUCAACUGCUUUAAAAACGUUAAUAUCCGUAUCGACUGUGAUUUUACUCGGGCUCAUUGUAGCCUACCACGCCUUGGAAGUUCAGCUUUUUAUGAUAGAUAACUGUGCGGAUGACUGGCGGAUAGCGAUGACCUGGCAGCGAAUGAGCCAAAUAGCAUUAGAGUUAGCGAUCUGCGCGGUCCAUCCCAUUCCCGGCCAGUACUACUUUCUGUGGACGACGAAGCUAGCGAAUAAGAACAAAGCCAUGGGCGCGGAACUGGUCCCGUACGACGUGGCGCUCUCCUUGCCAAUGUUCCUCCGUUUGUACCUGAUAUGCCGCGUGAUGCUGUUACAUUCGAAACUCUUUACCGACGCCUCGUCACGUAGUAUAGGUGCGCUGAAUCGAAUCAAUUUCAACACGAGAUUUGUGCUGAAAACACUCAUGACAAUAUGUCCGGGAACGGUUCUACUAGUAUUCAUGGUUUCAUUAUGGAUAAUAGCAUCAUGGACGCUUCGGCAGUGCGAGAGGUUUCACGACGAAGAACAUGCCAAUCUCUUGAACGCCAUGUGGUUAAUCGCCAUAACCUUUUUGAGCGUUGGCUUCGGCGAUAUCGUGCCGAACACGUACUGUGGCCGAGGCAUUGCAGUCAGUACGGGUAUUAUGGGGGCCGGUUGUACCGCCCUGCUGGUGGCGGUCGUGUCCAGGAAGCUCGAGUUGACGCGGGCAGAAAAACACGUGCACAACUUCAUGAUGGACACGCAGCUGACGAAAAGGCUGAAAAAUGCGGCAGCUAAUGUACUUAGGGAAACCUGGCUGAUUUACAAACACACACGAUUAGUGAAACGAGUCAAUCCAGGACGAGUACGAACGCAUCAGAGGAAGUUCCUGUUAGCAAUCUACGCGCUACGAAAGGUAAAAAUGGACCAACGAAAACUGAUGGACAACGCCAACACCAUAACGGAUAUGGCAAAAACCCAAAACACGGUAUAUGAGAUAGUGUCGGACAUGUCAACCCGGCAGGACACCCUGGAGGAACGCAUCACCAGCCUCGAGGACAAGUUGCAAUCUAUUCAGACACAAAUCGAAAAUCUUCCCGACAUGCUGACGCGCUGCCUGACGCAACACCAGGAGCGCAUGGACCAGCGGAGGAACUUUUUGCACCCGGACGCGGCCGUAACCGGGUCGUCGUCCGGUCUGCCAACGCCGGCGCCUCCGCUCGGUUCCCCGAUGAUGUUACCGCACUCCAGUUUUUCUUUUAGGAGUGUCCCAUCGUCGUCGACACCGGCCUAUCCCUGGCCCGCAAGUCCCAUCCUCCCACCAAUCUCCAGUAGAACGCCUCACUUGGUUCCGGAAACGCUCAUUCCCGCCCCGGUGACGACCGCAUCGUCCAUCUCGAUGUCCAACUCGCUGACGAACCAGUUCCUCAGCAACCAGUCGUCGGCGACCGGGGACACAACGAUGGCCACGCACAGGACAUCUAGCUGAAUCGAGCCCGGUAGCCCAAACAACUCGCUUUCCCUAAUCUCAUUCUCCACCAACAACAACACCCACUAUCAGAACUGCAACUCCUCCAACUCCAACUCUAGUCCCACGCCGACCAACACGACCACGACCACGUCUAGCAGUAGCAAGUUUACUAAACAGCGGGAACGAGCAACGCGGUUCUAGCUUCUGUCGGCGGUCCCCUGUUAGUCCUCCACCCCCCAUCAAAAGCCCACCUCCCUCCACCAAACUAGGGAACAUCCCCAAUUCCACUACCCUCACACCCCAUCUUUAAAAACUGUGCGGCCACGAGAACCGGGGAAACCAAAAGUGCAUCGAUCUGUGCGGUACGGAAUUACGAUAACGCUAAUUAUAGCUAUGUACUAACUAGGGAGAGAGAGCGCGAACGAAUGUUACAAAGAGUUACAUGUGUGUCAGGAACGUAUGACGAACGAGCGAGAUUGUGGGUGAUGAUAACACCACAAAAAAUAACACGAAUGAUGAGCGGAAGUGUCUCGUUGGGGCAUGCGAGUGUGAGAGAGAGAGGUUGACGGGAAUGGGGUAGAAACGAAUAAGUUGAUAAAAGACUACUUAGUGAUUAGUGAGUAAUUAAAGUCGAAGCAGCGAUUAAGCGAUGCGUGCGCGGGUACAACAAGAUCCGCCAGCGAAAGAUCCAACCAACUCCAGACUGUAAGAAAACAGACGGGCACGUGGGUGAUUUCAUGCUUCUUGAUUGAUGGCGAAAUUUUGUGAUUUUAUCAGGUUGAAAUCGUUUUAUUAAAAAAAACUUUUUUAACGGCAAAUUUCCUUAUUAGAUAGAAAAAUUAUAUAAAAACUGUUUAUUUUGCGAUUCGUAUAAGUGUGACUGAUUAGAAUUUUACUCAGAAGCUUUUUUUCAUAAAAUUAUUUUUAUUAGGUCCUUUUCAGUACUGGGACCUGGUUAGGGCCGAGUCUGCUUUUGUAAUUACAUUGAUCUUAAAGCUAAGAGUAAUUACAGAGGAUCUUGUGUGUAAAUGUUAGUGGGAGUACUCAGAAGCUUACAGGAUGGCUAGGUAUUCUAAAUCUCAAAACAUUGAAAUGAUCAAACCAAUAUUUUCUACGCGGAUAUAAUUCUUGUAAACGAACCCGUAAAAUAAAUUGUUAAGAUUUGAAAAGAUCAGAAAAAUAAUAUUCUUCAAAAUUGAAAAAUGUUGUCGAUUUUGAAAAAAAAAAUUUCAAAUCGCGGAAAUAAUUAACGAUUCUCACGCUCUCUUUCAGUUUUUUCCCAUUGCACAGUUGUCCGAAACCGAAAUCUAGCGUGACAAAAUUGAUAGCGGCCACACGUUAAGAUUUAGAGUUUUGAUCAGAGUCCAUUGGGGCAUCUUUUUGUAUGGUGGACAUUAGGGUGGUCCAAAUUUUAGGGUGGUUCAGAAUUUUUAUUUUGGCGGGAUGACGAGAUAGCGCUUUGGUGUCUUCAAAAAGUUGUAGGGAAUACCAUUCUGAGCAACUUUAAUAAGAGCAUGAAGCUCUAUUUUCAAACGGGAAGUUUCUAGAGCCAUUUUUGUAAUUUAGGUUGAAGUGUUUAUGAAAAAAAUAAGUUUUUUGAAUUUAUCAACUCAGGCUUGUGUCGUAACGAGUUGGUGUCUUCUAGACAUUUGUAGAGCUUAUCAAAACACACAUUUAUCUUCCCAGAGAGCAAAAAUCGGACUUUUAAAACGAUAGUUAUAGCCAAAAUACGACGAAAAAGACGCCAUUUUGAAAUGUGAAUAACUCGAAUAGGUGGUGGAGUUUGACCUCGCUCUUAGAAGCAUCUGCUCUUGAGCAAAGUUGCUCAGAAUUGUGUUCCCUACAACUUUUUUGAAGACACCAAAGCGCUAUCUCGUCAUCCCGCCAAAAUAAAAAUUCUGAACCACCCUAAUGUUCACCAUACCAAAAGAUGCCUCAAUUGACCCUGAUCAUUUGUUCCGAAGACACCAAAGCUCUAAAUCUUAACGUGUGGCCACUAUCAAUUUUGUCACGCUAGAUUCCGGUUUCGGACCACUGUGCAUUGAAUGCUCAAAAAUCCUUGGGAGGCAUUUUUUUCAUUAUGUAGAUUUUUAAAUCUAUGUUUUGAAAAUUUCCUUUUGGAUGUCAUUAAACAUUUUUGAACAUGUUAAUAAUAAAGAAGAGCAAUUUUUUUUAUGUUUUGAAAAUAUUUAUUGUUUUGUUUGUUUCGAUUUGGUUGAAAGUUUGUACAUCGAUCUCUUAUCUCCAAAUAAGCAACUACUUGUUUCUCCAUGCAAGUCUCCAUACAAAUUUUGAAUUCUCACCUAAAAUUUCAAAUUCCAAAUCGUCUGUAACUUACUUUAAUCAUGAAAUAUCUUCAUGAAACUUUCUGUUGUGAUUGAAAAUCGUGUUUAUGGUGGAUGAAAUAAAUAAUCUGAAUUAUGAAAUUUUUUGAUUUUCUACAAGUAUGUAACCCCUUAAGAGCGAAUCAUGAACAAAGCAUAGCCCUUUGUAUGGGACCUCUUUUGGACAUCACCAAUCUGUCUGAUUUUCAGGGAUUGUUUGUACACAUAAAACUAGAAUCUGAGCCAAAUAUGAGUACUCUAGGUCAACGGAAAGUGGGACAAAUCGGGACACAAACUUUGAAGGUUCAAAAACGUCAAAAAUCAUCAAAAUCAUUAAAAUGCAGUAACUUAAAAAAUGCAACAAAAUGAAAGGUGAAGUAUCUCAAUUGGUUUAAUCUAAAAGGAGUUUUUGGCCUUUUUGGUGAAAAAAUAGAUAACGCUUUGGGUAAGGCAGUUUAACACAUAAAACAGACACCGCUUUUUUAGUGAAUUUUCUGGUUGUACAUUUCUGCUUGAGGGACCCCUUGGAUCCCAUUUCUUAUGAUAAUUUUAUCAUUUUCGCGUUCCUUUGUCAACUUUCAAUAGAAACAUGCAUAAAAAUAAUUAUUUUCGUUCAUUUUAACCCUUUAAAAAUUUAAGAUGUCAUUGUGCUGCAAGAAGAGUUUACUCUUAAGUUGAACGUAAUCGAUGUUUUAGUUUCCGGAAACUGUUAAAUAAGUCAUAAUUUUUUAAUGUGUAAAAGUAGAGAGACUUUAUGUAUAUUUUUUGGCUCCGUGCAUGAGAUAUUUUGUUGAAUAGGACCUUUUAAAGUUUCCAUUUCAAAAAUCAUCAAAAUUCAAAACAAUAUUGGCCAAAUAAAUUGCUCCUCACCUUGAUCUUGGCGGUAUUUCUUAUUUUAAUCAUGUAAUAAAUUAUUAAAACAUAUUCAAUCAACUUCAGCCUGACAAAAAAUCACGAAAAUUUUAUCAUUCAAAAUCUGGUAUGGAAUAGCCCACACGAAGCAACAGAGUAACGACAGCCAGCAAAACCAUAUAAUCCUAGCAAAUUGAUUUCAAUUUCUUAGCCAAUAGUUUAGUACCGACGAAUUUAAAUUCUUAUAAUUGAGCGGUUAGGUAAUUGCAUUCUUCGAAACAAAAUAAAAGAAAAAGCAAAGUAAAUACUCUUACUUCAAUAGGUUCAAAUAAUGGUAGCAAGUUUUUAAGUAGCAUAAUUCACAUUUUUUAUUAAAAAAAGAUUAUAAAAAACUUUCAAAAAGUUUACAAAAGACAUACUAGCAAGUAACACUCACAAAAAAAUAAACAAACAAAAACAGUUCAGCAAAGAAAGGUAGAUGCAUCAGGGUGAGUGUAACAACUCAAUCGAAAGUGAGCUUUCUUGCAAAGGAAUUUUCAACUCAAAUCAAUCUUACUUCAAACAGAUGUAUUACUUCUACAGACAGGAAAUCCGAAACUCAAACCCUCACUCAAACUAAUUCGCGACAAACGUUCUAAAGGUUGGUGCAACUUGAGCAACACAGUUGUCGAAAGAAGAAAAAUUAAAUCAAACUUCGAAUAGUUUUCAUAGAGUUCGAACGAAAUCGAUUAGAGAACAAGAAGAUAGUUUAGUCCGUAAAAUACACCACAUGUGAUGUGAUAUUUAGUAGUAUAAUUAAAAUUUCAUAAAACAUAUUUCAACACGCGUACAGAAUCUAGAAGUAAAUGGUUAGAGGAAACGCUUUCAGCCGAUCAAGUCAGCUCCACUUACUGUAGUGUGAUUCUAAACGAAAACUGCAGAAAAGUAACUCGUCUUCAACGAAAUUGUUAAAACUUCACCUAAUGCUGGUUUCCAAAAUCGUUAAAAAGUACCACCAUCACACACAUCUAAAUAAAUUCUCUGAUUUAAGUGCCUUGUGAUAAUCAUGAAGAACAGUCUACCUUUCCUUUUUUUCGCACUAAACGAAUAAUAUUACAAUUCGAAAACCCACCUGAAUAAAACCUUUUUCCCUGAAAAAAAAAACCAAAAUCUUCAACGUUACCGCAAAUGUCAGAUUCUGAUUCCCUAAAAAAAAUAAUCUUCUAAAAGCUUUUUUCUACUAAAAAUCCACAGAAUCCAUAGCUCCUCCAUUCAAACAAGCAAACCAAAAACUUACCCAUAGCAGGCUGUGCAUGCUGAGUAGGCCUAGAGAGCAGUCCCCCCAGGCGUUUCCCACCGGGGGGUCAAAUUCGAAGCUAAAUCCGCACAUAAAUAGGCGCGGACCAAAACAGAUUUCAGUUGCUGAAAUGUUACACUCUCCUAGCAAGAACAGAAGAACAGUAGUUUUCAGAGUUUUAGAUACUAAAAGAAACAUACAACUUAAGGUUAACAUUUUCCACGAUAAAUAUGAGAAAGGGGAGGGAGAAAAAAACAACAUAAAUAGAAUAGUAGAAUAGUGGUCAACCAAAAGUAGUCUAUAAUAGUUACCAAAAUAGAAAGCAGAUAGUUAUACAUCAGAUUUUCUACACAUCUCCAGUUGCUUCUAAAGUGACAUGUGUAACUCGAAAGUAGAACGUUUAGUUUUUAGUUGUAAUCCAAGAUCCAAACCAAAAAGCACAACCACUAAUUUUCGUUGUCCCUAAACAGAGAUAUGCAAAAAUUGUACAGCAAAGAGAAUAAUUAAAGGUUUCCGAAUCUUUUUUUGUCACAACAAGCCACUACAGAAGUGCAUAAUAUGGGAGCGGAAGCGGAAGGCAUCGUGUAAAAAAUUUCAGCAAUCAUGAUUUCUAUAAAUAUAACGAAAAGGAAGAAGAAAAAUCUUGGUAAAAUUGCUUUAAAUAACGUAACUGAGGAAACUAAUCUCGUGUGCUGUAGUGGUGCGGGCAGUUGACUGAGUUUAUUUUAGAUCAAAGUUACAUCUUCCAAGCAAUUAUGCGAUGAUGCCGAAAGGCGGUUAUUGAAAGUUAUUUUUAUCUUUUUUGAACAUCUCUGUCAAUUUCAUUUAAGUGCUACUAACUUUUGACAGGGUUGCCAGAUCUUCAGUUUUAAAUACCAAUUCAGAAAAUGAUUAACAACAGGUAAAAUUACAAUGUUAAUAUGCGGAAUUUUGCAGUGUGGUUACCAUCGCAGUUCGCGCACUUUACGCGCGAUUCUUGGAUUUUCCCCGACUUUUCUUCUAUCGUUUAUUCUCAUUUUUUAACUUGCAACUUUAUUUACUUAACCAUCAAUCAACUGUCCCUCCAUCGGCUAUCGCACACGAGAAAAGAAAAACUAGGUCGUUCCUGAAAUAAAAGAUGAGAUAUUGAUUAGUUUAAGUUUAAAGAUAGUCAUAGGAAAGUACAUAAGGCGAUUUUUAAGAUCAAACAACAUAAUAAUGCACAAAAGAAGAAGAAAAAAAGCGCGUAAGCAGGACAUAUUCUACCUUCUACCAACGAGUGGUGGUAAACUUUCCCAACGUGUCACCUGUGAAUGGCCUUCGAACAAGUCACUGGAAGAAUAAAACCGAACUGUUUUUUUUUCGUACUCUCGAGCUACAACUAAGUAAGUUCUACAAAAAGCGUGCACAUGCACUCAAAUUCAGAACGGUGGAUGAAUGUUUUAAAUGCCAAAUGAAAACUGUUACUCUGAAAACUAUACAAAACAAACACUCACACUCAAAUAUAAAAGAAGGUAAAAACGCAAGCAUUUAUAUAUUCGAAGGGCAGUCGAACUUCACUUGCUUCAGUUAUGGUUUCAGAGGGAAAAGAAAUUUAAAUGUUACAACUCGAUCGUUAACUAAGGACCGCGUCACAUGCAGUUCACGACCUGACCUGACUCACAUUCAUCGAAAACUUAAGGCUUAAGAAGACCCGAAAUCCCAACCCAAAUCUGCGUAAAGUGCGUGCAGAGCAGAAACCGACUGUGAAGGAACAUCUACGGAUGAUGGUUAUUUGUUUGAUUUUCAGCUUUUAGUAAAUUCGUAAAAGAAAAUCGUCCCAACCAUUUACGUUUUAUUCGGUUCUAUCAAAAUUUAACAAAUUCGAUAAAAGUAGCCUUAUACCUUGAACUAGCGAGUUAAGAUAUUAAACAAAAAAACACUAUUCUGAUUGAUAUAUUGACAAGAAAGUUAAACUUUCGCCAGUAUGUUGACAUUUCUCAAAUUUUAAUGAACACAUAUACAAAAUUUUAACUUAUUUAUAAAUGGAAAACAAGUUGCAUUGGAUAUUGAAUAACAACAUUUCUAAUAUGGCUGAUAUUUUUAAACAACCAAAAGUGACAAAAACAAACCUAAUCGUUGCAUCUAAACAAAGCAAGUAGAAAAAGAUGGCUAGCAUACAUCAGUUCGGAAAAUUUGUUAUACAAAAUUAAUCGUGUUGAAAACUUGUUUAAACUUUUGAUAACUGAUUAAACACCCACAAAACGAUUCUAAAGCCAACCAUGGAAGUAACUAUUCACGAAGUAUUUGGACACGGAGACUUCAUUUAGCCGUUUUAUAAAAACCUCCAACUAGGUAUUUAAGAAGAAUCCAAAGUCCUUUUCCCCUAAACAUCUAUUCCAUUUAUUUAGAUAAUAACUUACAAACAAAAACCUCUGAAUAUUAACGAAUCAUAACUCUUAAUAACAGUUCGAUCCAUAAAUGUAAAAAAAUCCUUCAAAUAACAAAAAAAAAGUAAAGUACAUAAUCGAGAAAAGUAACAUAAAACAACAAACAAAAGCUACACAAACACACACCCAAAAAUGUAA